AUGGCAAUAAUGAUGAUUACAACAAUGGUAAUAGUGAUGAUGGUGGGAGUAAUGAUAAUAGUAAUGAUGAUGACGGUGGUGGUGAUGGUAAUGAUUAGUGAUAGUAUUGGUAUGAUGGUGAUAGUGAUAAUGAUUAGUGAUGGUAGUGGUAUGAUCACGAUAAUGAGUGAUGUUGAUAGUAGCAAUAGUAAUGAUGAUGAUGAUGGUAGCAAUAGUAAUGAUGAUGAUGAUGGUAGCAAUAGUAAUGAUGAUGAUGAUGGUAGCAAUAGUAAUGAUGAUGAUGAUGGUAGCAAUAGUAAUGAUGAUGAUGAUGGUAGCAAUAGUAAUGAUGAUGAUGAUGGUAGCAAUAGUAAUGAUGAUGAUGAUGGUAGCAAUAGUAAUGAUGAUGAUGAUGGUAGCAAUAGUAAUGAUGAUGAUGAUGGUAGCAAUGGUAAUAGUGACGGUGAUUAA